AUGGCACCUCAGUAUCAUCCUGUUUCUAGCGACGAUGUGGAGUUGGAGUCUCAUCUGGAUGUGCCUCUGCUCGAUCUCGAACCGCUAGAAGAUGAUGCAGUAAGCGAUAACGAAAGCCUUCAUUCUCAUUCAGAACCGAUUCCGAGUUACCGAUUCUCGCGAUGGGGCGUUCAUUCACCGAAAAGAAUUGUCAUUUUGAUCGCUGUCAUCAAAUUUGCUGUUGUUUUGAGCGGGAUGUUGUUGCUUUUGCCCACUGUGCGUUUGAUUGAGGAUAUGUUUUGCCAUAUACACUACCAGGAUACCUCUACAGACAUCAUUGAUGAGAUGAAAUGCAAGGUUGAUGAGGUACAAUCUCAGCUUGGAUACUUGUAUGGCUGGAACAGUCUCAUCACCUCUAUUGUCGGUCUUGUGGUAGCCUUUCCUUAUGGAAUGAUGUCCGACAAGAUUGGCCGUAAACCCACUGUGAUGUUGGCAUGGUCUGGGAUUGCCGUGUGCUUCCUUUUUGCCCCCUUCAGCAUGAAGGCGUUUCAAGGUGAACUUCGAGAAAAGCCCUAUCUUUUGAUCGUGGGAGGUUUCUUUCAGAUAUUCGGCGGUGGCAUUCCGGUAAUGUUCUCUACCCUCUAUUCGAUCGCGGCCGAUGUCAGUUCGGAGGAGGACAAAGCCAAGCAUUUCUUGUGGCUUACGUUUGGUGCGACGUUGGGAGGUAUUUCAGGCCCCAUCAUUGCAGGCAUCCUAAUGAACAAGUAUGGACCUUGGGUUCCCGUCUACUUGGUCUUUGCUACCGUUCCCAUCAUCAUAGGCAUCCUGUGUUUGCUUCCUGAAACCUUGACUAUCAACCUCAAGCACCAGAAAGCUCAGGCGGGCAAAAACGCACCAACCACCUUCAAGGGGCAUAUUUCGCACGCUGUCAAGGAUCUCAAGCAUUCAGUUAGCAUGCUCAAGGACCCAAGUGUUCUCAUGAUCAUGGUGACAUUCUUCGUGACGAACGCACGGUUUACGGCUUACACGACAACCCUGGGCCAAUAUAUCAGCAAGCAUUUCAAGUGGAAGAUGGCUGAAGUGAGCUUGAUUCUGUCUCCUUUGGGAAUCCUAAACCUCAUCAUCCUCGCCGGGUUGCCCAAGGUAUCGGAGAUUCUGGUGUCCCCUCGAUUUCGAAUGUCGGCAUUUGGCAAAGAUUUAUUCUUGACGCGAAUAUCUACCGGAAUACUCGCCUUUGCAGCCUUUUGGCAAGGCAUCAGUCAUAAUGCUGUCAUGUUUCUUUUUGGUCUCUUCAUUGGGACAUUUGGCGCGGCCGAUAGUCCUCUGGCUCGCGCAACUGUUACACACUACGUGCUACCUGAGUAUACUGCUCGACUGUAUGCCUUGAUAGGUAUGAUUGAGGUGAUAGGGUCAUUUAUUGGAGGGCCAGUCUUGGCUUGGUUCUUUGACCAGGGUCUGAAGCGAAAAGGAAUCUGGAUCGGACUGCCUUGGUUUUACAUCUCGUUCCUCUGUGGUCUGUCUUGGAUUGCGCUUUUCUUUGUCAAGCCACCGAAGAAGCGCUCAAGAGAAGAUCCAACAGACAGCGACGGCUACGAAGAAGAUGAUUAUAUGCCAGAUGAUCCAUUGCGACUUCAGUAG